GCCCAUUUAACGGAGAAUUUUUAAAAUUAAAGGAAAAUCGACUGUAUUAUCUGCUUCCGCAGUCUAUUUAUAUUGGCACGCAGGCGCCUUGUUAUCCAAUAAGAUUUCCAAAUAUUUUCCAAUUCCAACCAAUAAUUUAUUUUCUGAAUCUAAGUAAAUUAAAGUAGUGAAAUAACAAUACAAUAAAAAUACAAUUUUUAUCUACGUAAGUGAAUAGAAUUUAACCAAUUUAAAGAUGAAAAUUUACAAUUUACUUCUUUUAAAUUUUUGUCUUCUUCAAUUAAUUUUAUUAUUAUUUGGAAUGAAUCCCGAAGAAGGUCCGUCAGGAACACAAUCAGGAUGGAUUUAUCAAGAAGAAGGUUCUGGAUCGCAACAAUCUGCAGAACUGGAAGUUUAUAAUCAAUUGACCGAACAAAUUGGUACUUUUGUUCAAAACUAUGCGGACUUAAACACUUGUGAUGGGAUCGAAGCUCGGCAUUUAGACAACUAUGACAAUGUGGAAGAAAUUACCAGUGUGGCUGAUCAUGACCAAUUUAGUCAUUUGUUGCAAAUAUAUAGCGACUUAGAUAAAGAAAAUUCUAAAGAUUCGCAAAAUAUUACCAAUGUUGGAGAACAAUAUGAAAAUUUGGAUAAGGCAUAUAAGGAUUUAUUAAAUGAAUCUAUUGAAAUUAAUGGGAAUUUAAGUCCGUUUAUGGUAGAUGGGUGUAUCCAAUAUCAGCGAUAUAAUAAGAUGGAACAACAAGUCAUAAAAAACCUAAUCUCCGCAAUUCAAAAUAAUAUAAACGAGCAAAUCGGAAUUAUAAAUGAUAUGCAAAAACUUUACGAUUUCGUCAAUCAUCACAAUUUUAAUCAGGCGAUUCAAUUUGAAGAACAAAUUUCAAAAUCGGAACAACCAAUCGAACUAUUUUUAGCUUUAUCACGAUUAAGAAGACAAACUCAAAAGUUGGUUUAUCAGUUUGAAUACUUAGAACCUCUUCCGGACAUAGAAGUUCGGAAGUUAAACCCAAAAAGCAGUGGAUUCGGGCAUGAAAUUACUAAUGUUUUAGAACAAAUUGAUAAUUUGCUAUAUGCAUAUGCUGAAUUAAGUGAGGCUGAUAAGUUUGAUGAAAGUUUAAGAUCAAGUUUAAAUGAAAGAAACCAAAACCAGGACAAAGGAAUUAAUCAACAAAUAAAUAAACUGAACGACUCGCGUCAAAAGAGAAAAGAUAAGAAAAUAAAAAUUAUAAAGGAUAUGCGAAAACUUCACGAUUAUCUUUAUGAAAAAUAUAUAGAACAUCUCAUUUCUAUUCUGGAGCAUCGUCAAAUAGAAGUUGCAAAAAUAUGUAGAGAAGAUCAGCAUGGACAAGUUGGAGAAAGUCAAAAAAAGAUCAAAACGAAAUCAAAAAAGAACAAAAGUAGAAAUAGAAAUUAG